AUGAUGGCUACAACUGCAGUAAUUGGACUAAGGGCAGGUGAAAGGCUAUUAGGUUCAUCUUCUUACUACUCUGAUGUUAAUGAAAAGCUGUCAUGCAGCACUGAUCUUGGGUUCAUAUCUGUCCCAAAUAAGAACAUGAUUACUGCAAAAAGUAUACACCCAUGGGUUCAGGGAUCUGAGCACUUGAAAGAGGAAGAUUCUUGUCAAGACUUUUCAGUUGAAGCCUUACUCUUAUUCCAAAAAUCUUUGUUAGAAAAGCAAUGGAAUCUUUCAAACGAGGGGGCAUUGACUACAGUUAACCCAACAGAUAAAAGCAGCAGAAAGAUGUAUGUCAGUGGUUCAGGGAAAUCUGCACGUAGGCGUAGAAUAGAUGCUCAAAAGAAAACACCAAAUAAAAGAUGUAUCAGAUUUGUAAUCAGUCCAGAUCUGCUCCAAAAUCGUGCAAUAGGCAAUGUUAAAGGGAUAACAAGUGAUUCUUUGCUCACUCAUGCUGAGGUGGUGGUUUUAUCUAAAAAGAUAAAAAUCGGUCAACAUUUAGAAGAGCAGAAGUCAAGAUUGAAGGAAAGAUUGGGAUCUGAACCCUCAGAGGAUCAACUUGCAGCAUCAAUGAAGAUCCCACGAGCUGAGCUGCAAGUCAAACAGAUUGAAUGCAAAUUGGCAAGAGAGAAGCUGGCCAUGAGCAAUGUCCGUUUAGUAAUGUCAGUUGCACAAAAGUAUGCACACAUGGGAGUUGAAAUCGGUGACCUAAUUCAGGGAGGUCUAAUUGGACUGCUCCGUGGGAUAGAAAAAUAUGAUUCAUCAAGGGGGUUCAAGAUUUCUACUUAUGUUUAUUGGUGGAUACGACAGGGUGUUUCCAAAGCAUUAAUCGAAAAUUCUAGGACACUAAGAUUGCCUAUCCAUAUGCAUGAAAGAUUGAGUGCAAUACGAAAUGCUAAGGCUAAGCUUGAGGAAAAAGGAAUAACACCAUCAAUAGAAAAAAUUGCAGAAACCCUGAAAAUGUCAACAAAGAAAGUAUUGAAUGCCACUGAGGCAAAAUGCAAAGUGUUCUCACUUGAUAGGCCAGCAUUCCCUUCUAUAAAUGGUAAUCCAGGGGAUACCUUCCAGAGUUACAUGGCAGAUGACCACCCAGGGAACGACCCUUGGCAUGGAGUAGAUCAUGGCGCUCUCAAGGAUGAAGUGAACAAGUUGAUGACCACAACUCUAAGGGAAAGGGAGAGAGAGAUCAUUCGUUUGUACUAUGGUCUCGAUAACGAGUUCCUUACUUGGGAAGAUAUUAGUAGAAGGAUGGGGUUGUCGAGAGAAAGAGUUAGGCAGGUGGGGCUUGUUGCACUAGAGAAACUAAAACAUGCUGCACGGAAGACAAAUCUGGAGGCUAUGCUAGUGGAACAGUGAAAAAAGCUGUAUCAAUUGCCUGUAUAUACAAAUCAUCCAUACAUACAUAUAUAC